AUGUUGUCUGCUGGACAGUCUGAGGGUCUUGGUCUGACUGCAGGGGACCACCCGUACGAGUGUGAGUUCUGCGGGAGCUGUUUCCGGGACGAGAGCACUCUGAAGGGGCACAAGCGGAUCCACACGGGCGAGAAGCCCUACGAGUGUAACGGCUGUGGGAAGAAGUUCAGCCUCAAACACCAGCUGGAGACGCACUACCGAGUACACACAGGUGAGAAGCCGUUUGAGUGUAAGCUCUGUCACCAGAGGUCCAGGGACUACUCUGCCAUGAUCAAGCACCUGCGCACCCACAACGGUGCCUCCCCCUACCAGUGCACCAUCUGUCUGGAGUACUGCCCCAGCCUGUCAGCCAUGCAGAAGCACAUGAAGAGCCACAAGCCAGAGGACGUGCCACCGGACUGGAGGAUCGAGAAGACAUACCUCUACCUCUGCUACGUCUGAGGAGGAGGAGGGGCUGGGGGCGGGGGGGCGGGGGGGAGGCCUGGGCAGGGAGGUGGAGAGAGGGAUACCACAGGACUGAAGCAGUUAUCG